AGGUGUUUGCCCUUUCGGGUCGCAUCCAGAUCUGAACCGCCAUGCCCGCCGAGAAGACGCACUCAAUCCACACGACCGACACGUUCACGAACGACCGGUACGUGGAGCUCUUCUACCAGUCGCUCGUGCCGCAGAUCGAGACGCUGCAAGGCGUCAUCGUGUUUCUCCACGGUCUCGGCGACCACUCGUCGGGCUAUCUCGACUUUUUCGAGCGGCUCGCCGAGGCCGGCUACGCCGUCUUCGCGUUCGACUACAUUGGCCAUGGCAAGAGCGAGGGAGAGAGGGUCUACCUCGAGCGCUACCAGCAUUUGCUAGACGACAUUGACCAGUUUAUCGCGCUCACAAAGGCCGAAGUCGACAAGCUCGAGGUCCACGUCGACAAGUACAUCCUCAUGGGCUCAUCCAUCGGCGGCCUCUUCUCGUCCUUGACGAUUGCUCGCGAGCUCCAUGCGUUCGAUGCUGUCGUCCUCAUCGCGCCGGCGAUCAAUGUGCCCAUGACGUGGGUCCUCCGGAUUCAAAAGGUGUUUGCCUAUCUCCUCUCGACCUACUUUCCAACGUGGCGCAUCGUGCCCGGCGUCGAGCGUGAGAAGUUGUCGCGCGAGCCCGCGGCGCUCCUCGAGUUUGACCAAGACGAGCUGUCGUACCACGGCAUGACGCCCGCGCGGACGGCCGAGCAGUGCCUCCGCGCGAUGGAGGAGCUCGACGAGCUCAAGACCAACUUUCGGACGCCGCUGCUCAUCGUCAUGGGCACCGACGAGCGCAUCGUGUGCCCCGAGAGCAUCCGCGCGUUUGUCCGCGAUGUCCCAAGCGACGACAAGGAUCUCGUUGUUUUUGAAGGUGUUGGCCAUAUGCUCAUGCGCGAGUCCAAGCGCGACGAGGUCGAGCAGACCAUUAUCCAGUGGCUGAACGCCCGCAUGCCCCAGUCCGGGCAGUCCGAGGCCUUGUAAUGAGCAACAGUCGCGAUGCUCUGG